UCUGCCUCAAAGCCGAAUGCCACACUGCUACAGCUCUCUCUCAUUCUCUCACUCUUUCACUCUCUCAGAUCCACGCCUCCACCGCCAUAGCCGCCGACAACGCCACCGCCACAGCCGUCGCCACAGUUGUCGACGAUGCCACUGCUAGAGGUCACUCUCCACCGCCACCGUCGUUUCUUCCGAUUGAGAGAGCACUGUGAUGCUGCCACUGCCACCGCCACAACCGACGCCUCUACCCCAGCCACCGUUGUCCACUGCCGCGAACACAGGGACUCUGGCUCCAACAAUAGUGAGGUUACACCUGAGCAAAGGAGGGAGCUACAAAAGAGAGAGGAGGAAUUGCAUGCUAGCAGUCUUCAUGUUCCACAGAGACUUGAGGAAAAUGAGAAUCUUGUCCUAACUCCAUUUGAGAAAAACCUUGAUAUUUGGAGACAACUUUUGAGGGUGGUUGAACAUUGUGAUUUGCUUGUGAUGGUGGUUGAUGCUUGGGCCCCCCUCUUUUACCGCCGUCCCGACCUUGAGGCAAAUGAUGAUUGUAACUGUUACAGCUAUGAUGCUAAAAAAAAAAGCUGGAUAUCUGUUGCAGCGAUAACAGGAGUAUAUUUAUUGGCAGGUUUAAUCUAUGCAGAAUUUUAUAGAAAGAGGAAAAGGAAGGUCUCAUUGUUGCCAACUUCUAUAAAUCUAUAAUUUCAUUCUUCUCUUUUGUAGCUUUCAAUUAUUUUUAAUUUAGAACUGUAAAUUUGUAAUUUCAUUGAUUAUUUCUUAGUUUUAGAAUCAAUAUUGUAUUUCGUGUUUGUAUUGAGAGAUUAUAGUGUAUAAAAGAGAAUAUUGUUGUUUUACUCUAAAA